AAUGGAGAAGAAAAAGGGAGAAAUAUCGCGGUGCAGAGGCGACUAGAGGAAAAACGAUCGAAGCGAGCAAGGCCGAGGGAAAACGAACAAAUGCUGCGCGUUGAAGGUAGAGAAGCAAAGGAAAAGAAAGACGAGCAAAGAGGGGACGAGGAUAGAGAUGGAGGCGAAGAGAUACGAAGAGAGAAAUCUUCGUUUUCUAACGGGACAGGUGCAUGCCUCUAUUUUGGCGAGCUCGCUGGCAAAUGUUUUGUCCAAGCUGGUAUAAAAUCGCGACGUUCCUCCGCUCAGCUUCUCUUAGAUCUCAACCCGCUCCUUUUAGUCUCUUCGAGUCCCCCUCUUUAGCUCGUUCGUUCGCGCUCAAGACGUUGGCUGAGGGAAGCGAGUCACAAUCGACUGGGCGCUUUCGCUGCCUUUCCUUCCUUCAUCCGGCCUCGCGCGCGAGAAUUACAUAACAUUUCGUUUAGUAUCGUCGCUAGUGAGACCCUAAACUCGUUUCGCUUAUCUGCCUGGACGAGUGUGUCGUUUGACGCAAAUGUCCGUGACACAAUAGCGAAAUUUUCUCAAGUAAACACGUCGAUUCCGUUUCGAAGAGACGUUUCUGAAAGCUAUCGUGACUCUUUUAACCAUGGGAAAAAUAAUAAAUUCCUUUGCUAUAAGUCCAAUUUAGUCACAGUGACGAGACACGUAACUAGAACGCGAGAAGAAUGCCAAUAUCUCUCCGAAAAACUCCAAGAAUUCGACAACGUUGAAUUCUUGGCGCCAGAAGGUUCGACGAAGAGAACAACAUUAACGGCAUCUUCGUUUAAUCUCCUCUCCCUCGUUCUCGUCGUGCUUUGUUUCUUUCUCUCGUUCCUUCCUUUUUUCCUGUCUUCGUUUCGCGCGUCAUUUUUCCCUCCUAUUUCGCUGCGCAUAAUCGUUCCGUAAUAAUUUUAGUUGACGUUAGACGCUCUCCACAGGCGCACCAGCGACGAUCGUUGACCGCGCGCAUACGUAACGAUCCUACUGAAAUUAUUCCAUUUCCAUUCAAGAGGAAUCCACGAGUUCUCGCGAAUUUUCUUUUUCAAUGCGGCGACACGACGUCGAAAAUUCGUCGACGUCGAUGUGCCAACGCGACCUCGUUAAAGUGCAUUUUAAUUCUCGCGAGGCGAAGAUUUCCUGCACGCUGUCGCUAACCAUUGCCGCUGUCUCCAUUGAAAUUCAAUUCUCCCAUGGUACAGGUCCAAUUUUUUGCCGGUCAGGAAUUUCUCUGGCAUCCGGUGAAUUAGCUUUCUCCUAGCCUUUUCUCGAUGAUAUCGUCCCGCUGUCUGUUUACAACGCCGUUUGCCUACGAAGUUUUUCGAAUUUCGACAGAAAGGAAAAAAGAGACGGUUGCUAAACGCGAAGAAAAAAGCCCGGCGCCUACGAGAAAUCUGACGGAAUCGAGACACGUGCGUGCGCGCACACGUGUUCACGGCCGAAACAAACGCGUGAAUCCGAUGGACGUGCACCAGCAUUUCCAGAUUUAUCGACGCAUUAGGGCUCAGCUAAAGCGGUGCCGCUUCGUUUCUUUCUGCGACAAAUCGAUUAAAACAGCGACGACGUAACUUGGCUUUUGUUCCAUGGUUGUCGUCGAGUUAUCGUGAUACGCUCUUGUCUUUUGUUUACACCCCCGGGAAUACUACGCUGGUUUCCUGCACUAGAAACUAGAAUCGAUUUCUCCAUUAAACGACGUCCCUGGCGCACAGAGGCGGCGUAUUAGACUGUAAUUUGUAUUUGUUUAGUAAAUAAUUCUUGUUCCCUACGUAGAAACCAAAAACGGGAAUGUACGCGAUCCUGUUCGCGAAACCUUUGAAAACCAAGAUAUGUACGUACUACGUACAUAUUAUAAUAGAAAUGGACGCUUUCAGAAGUCAACGAAAACGGAUUUCGAGCUGUGUUUCUAGAAUGGAAAUAAUUUGUCCUUGGACAAAGAGCUAGUUAGAGGCUAUGCCCUUGAAAAUGUACGAGCUCGCUGCGCUCUAGGAAGCGAGAACUCCCUCCGGUAUUAACAAAUGUUUCCUAUUAAACGAAACCGCACACACUGGCUAGAAUAAUUAGCAGCGACGGACUAUACGAUUCCAUAUGGGCUAUCGUUCUGGGAGUUUGCACGAUUCAUUCGCGAGAGAGAGUCGUAUAUAACUCGGUCAUCGAAGAGGGGGAUAAUUGUGGCGGAUAUGGCGCUCGAAGGGUGCUGGAAAAGCCUCUGGCCUCGUGAAUCAUGGUGGCCACGCGAAAACACCAUAAAAAUAAUACAGCUAUGUCACGAUAGGGCAAGCGUGACUCAUCCUCCCGCACGAGUCGUUGGAACCACCGAUGGAUCUUACUUCCGAAGACUCGAUCGAGUCAACCAUGGGGUCCUCCUCGUGGAAACGAUAGAAGGGUGGUCCGCGAUUAGGGUGCGCCCCAACUGUCCCGACGCUGUGUCGAGACGCGUAACAGGCAUAACGACAGACUAUUUUCCGUGAUUCGGCAUCGAUCACACCCUACGCGCCAACUAUAUCUCGGAUGUACCGUGGAACCUAAUAUUUUAAAGAGUUUUACGAAUUCUCACCGGCGAACGUUGGAAAACGCCGCCACCCGUCCCAACAUCGUUCGAUGCAAUGAGAAUCUAGGCGAGAUAUUGUUACUCGGAUAAUGCGAUUCGGCGGAAAGCUACAGGAAUGAUUAUACAUAAAUAUUAAUGGGCAGAAAGCGAGCCGCGUGACGUUCCGUAAUGCCGCAUUCAGAUUGAUAUCGACCGCUUUCGAUUCUCGUUAGUCAUCGUGGUUUGUCCCGUGUAGUGUGCUUUCCAGACACCACCGUAACACGUAAAUGUACGUUUCAAUGAGUCACUGAUACGUGGAACUGUUUACCUGCAAACGGACACGUGCCCGAGCUGACCAACAACGGUGUUUCAUACGAUUCGCGUCCGUUAAAAGUAUCGCAUGAUCUCGUCGUAGGAUGCAGUCGAAUCGAGCGCAAAACCGGGCUAGCGACAGUUGCAAAAUGCAAGCACGAAAUGUAUACUGAUUUUCGAAAUCGAAGAGGUCGAUCAAAAUUAGCUCGAAGGUUGGUAAACGCGCGUCCGAGGACACGGACGAGACGAAGGCGUCCGAAAUCUUAAUUCUCAACGACUCGAGACGAGACGUUCCACCGGAAAUAUCAUAUUCCUGACCCGCAUACGAUCUAUUUAUCUCUCGUAGAAAAUCAACGAUUCCCGUCGAUUACGCGUCCCUAUGAAGCCAAUGGUUAGAGACGAUUAAAGAUGGCUGAUGUUGAUUAAAAUAUAUAGAAGAUCGCAUUGUUGCAUUCAACGAGUCGACGGUGGAAACGUGUUAUGACACUCGGCUGACAGGACGCAGGAUUUAUCUAAACGGCUAUUUAAGCCGUGGCAUGCGUAUCCUGUAUGCGUGCGAUGACGAGCGUAAACGGUUUUAGUGAUAAUUUGGAUCGACUCGAUCGAGACGAUGGACGCGUAAGAGAGCAGUGGCUCGUUCAAGGACCACCUACGGGCUCUCAUAAAUUUCGCGCCAAUUCUCGACAAUUACGUCUCUUCUAUAACUCUGUUAUUUGUGGUCCGCGAGUGCCGAGCCUGACGUACUUUAUCCACACGAGGGAUACGCUAGAUAUCGAUCUGGCUUUUCUCAACCGCACUCGUCUCGCCGAAAUCGAGAUACGCGAUCGGAGGGAAAGGGGGCCGAUUAAUGUGCUCUGCACACACAGCCAUUUACUCGUAUUCGACGCUGGAUGACGAAGGGUCUGGUUUAACGGUAGUUACGACGAACGCGUUCGACGAACACAUACGUAGCUGGAAAAUUUUGUUCGAAAUACGAAUCGAAUCGGACACGCGACUCGAAACCUCGUCACCGGACUCGUGAGAUAAGAAGCACGUGACUCGACCUUUUUACACGUUGCUGUAUCGAAGAGAUCGCUUUUGGAACGCGGCGCCGUGCCGUUGCUAAUUGAAUCGCGCCCUCCCAGUAAAUCGAAUCGAAUCGAAUUACGAACGAGCCGCCUCCUAUGUCUAUUAGCAGCGUAUAAAAGGGAGCUGUUCGUACGGCGCGACGACACUCGAAAUGAGUGAUAAAAAAAGGGAAAUAGCAACAAAGUGGUGGAAUUGUUUAGUUUAGAGAGGCAAAAGCGGCGCUUGGGUAAAGAAUAAAUACAGACUGGCCGGCAAAAGUUUCGAGUGGCCGGCAGAGCACUCGAGCAUACAGCGACCGUGUUCAAUUGUACCUAACCGAGUGGAUAAAGUUUGACGAGAUUCUCGCUGGCAAAUAAACGCGACCAUCCUACUAGGAUUCGACGUUCGAGCGACCAAUCGAAUCGACAUACGAUCUCCAACAGAUUUUACAUCCAGCUUGAGGAAACGAGCCUGCUCCUCUCCCGUUUUGUCCACUUUCUUGCUCACGACAACGAUCUCAAAGGCCGGUCCGUGUUUUUGCGAGCAAUCCGCGGUCCUCAAUUCCCAAUUCGUACAUUCACGUGGGUGCGUGUGGUCGACCUCGGUGAAAAAGAGAGGGUGUAGGUAUCCGACGCGAGGGAAACGCGAGGAUUCCGAAAAUAGAUUCGCUGCGAACCGUGCGGCGACAUUAGAAACACCCUGCGUAUAAUGCCUCUCUCUACCCGGCUACAGUAACGGCUUGGCCUCUCUCAUCCAAGGCCCUGGCGUUUUCAUUAUGAAAAGAAAGCCGAACGUAAAUACACGUGGACACAAAGGUGCCACCUACGCAUCGAUUUUGUAAAUUACAAACACCGUUCGUUCGACCUUCGCGUUUAAUUCGCGCGUUAAACGCGUGUUUCUUCAACUCCGCGGCUAGAGAAGACACGGUUCUCCAUCGGUGUUUGUUUUCUCAUCCGACCCAUACCGAGGCGCAAGUAUGUAUUUUCACAGAAUCAAUAAACGAAACGGAAAGAAAGUAGGAAGAAAAAUUAAUAGAAACGACGAAUGGAUCGGGUGGACGAGCCGGAUCGUUCGUGCAAUCCAUCAAACAGAACGCGCAUCCAUUCGUGCGACGAGUUUAUCCCUUCAGCGGGCAUUCCUGACCCUUCGGUUCGGCCGACGACUCCACCCUCGAUGAACACGCUGCAGCAUAUCCAGCCCCCCUACGUUCGCGUAAUCGUCUGCACGAUGAUACGCCAGAAAUUCACCCCGCGUUUAUUCCACCGAGGCAAACUUGGUCCCGUCCCUUUUCCGUCCAUGUCAACAAGUCAGAGAGAGAAAGCGAGAGAGGGAGAGGAAAAGAGAGAGAGAGAGAGAGAGAGACACGCGGCGAAGUGGAACGCAUGCGUUUCCAACCUUUCUACCCUACGCAUCUAAGAAAAUGUACACGUACUUUGUCUCGCGGCUCUAUGUACCGCGUGUAUUUCCGCGAAGACAGAUAUUUAUCGUGAAAUAGCUAAACUUGAAAUAAAUCUUUAGCAAUCGGUUACUACUUGCACUGGUCGAUGAAAACGAAGCAAAUAACGCAAACGCAUGAUUCCGUACAACGAGGUUCCGUAACUAUCGUGGAAAUCUUGUUGGACGAUUCUCGAACGUAACGAACCCGCGAUUAUUAACGAUGCAAAAAGCGUGAAAACGGUAGGGUUACGGCUACGGAGAAAACGGGGUUUUCAGCUGGCGCAAACGAACGGCACCGAGUGAAUUUUGCGCGCGUCAUUAGCACAAAUGCGUCGCGGUGCAUCUUGGUGCAACGUGGUUCACGCGCGUUAAGAUGCGUGUGCAUUAGAAAAGCGGAGUGGGCCGUGGCUAAACGAGCGCGUGUGCGUGCUGAACUGCGUGUCCUCGGGGCCGGGUUAAAUGGACGUGUGCCGCACGAGGAGGGUGCACGAGUGGGGGUAACUACACGCGUGUCGUCGGUUUUGGUUUUAGUUCCGUGGCAGUCGCUGCCGACGACGACGAUCUCAAACGGUUGGCGAGCCCCGCUGCUGGUUUCUUCUUUCGUUUCCACCAGCGAACACGCGCGCUACGCGUAUAUUCUUUUUCUUCUCGUUCCGUUUGCCGAUCUUUUGUAUCGUUCGUUUUGUCUCGACGGUAUUCGCGUUCCGCCAGAUUCGCAUACCUCUCGUCGACGCGCGUUAUCUCCACGUAGCUUGGCUCCACGCUAUAGACAACAACAUCCAAGUGCAUGCAACAAUUCAUUGACAUUCUCCGCGAGAUACGGUUAACGUAUCGAACGUACGACUAUUACUACGCUAUUCGACUUUAUCUGCAGCGCGUUGUUAUUAUUCCACGACAGCGGAGAGCAAUAAUAAUCGAAGCGAGUUCAGCCGCCUCAGACGCCAGCUGUAUCGAGGCACGCUUGAGACCGGAGCACGAAAUGCAACGAGAAGAAUAAAAUACGAAUCGAGCCACCUGAUCGUGGGUCUAAUUUAAAACCGCGCAACGCGGGAAAAAGUGGUAGCCGCCCAAGAAUAACGAGCGUGAAACUCGAAGGAAGGAAGAGAGGCAUCAGGAAGAAAAAGGAGAGUUGCGGGCUGUUUCGCAGUCGAGAUCAAAGUUGAAAUCUUACGGGGGCGUUGCGGAAGGACGCAGGAAGAGCUCGGCGCGGAGAAUCGAGAAGCUGAAACGCGCAACGAACGACACUCGCAUCGAGCUGGCGACAAAAAAUUUGACAAAGCGAAAGGAAUUUAAAGGAUAGGAGCGUAGGAGAAAGGAACGAUUCGUCCGAAAAGGGACAAAGAGGGAGCCGAGUGUCGGUCAAAUGCGAAAAAACGUCGGCUCGUUUUGUUAAUCAAAAGAUUUCGGUUCGGCACGACGACGUGUUCCGACUAAUAACGAGCACGUGUGACCACAGCGCCUUGCGUCUAUCGGAAAAAGGACCAACCGAGAAGAGAGAAGGGGCGCCGCACGAAAGGAAGUUCGUAGAAAAGGAUCUUCGCGCGACGACUUCGACCGUUGCAGCUUCUUCCGCCGCGUCUUUCUUUCAAAGAAUCAAUUCGAGAUUGUCCCUUAGAGAGAUUCGAAACAUUCCGAUAAGACGCGACGACGAUUCGACGAACGGUCGGAAUUUUUGUGACACGGUUACUUAUUAAACGGAUUGCUCCUUUGAUAUGACGACAAAUCGAUCGUCGAUAGAUCGAUCAUCGCGGCGACCGAAUGCUGUCGAGAAUGUAUUCCGUGUCGUCGGUUCGGUUCCGAUCGAUCGAGAGAACAGUGACGUCGUGUAAUCGCGGCUCGAAUUAUCGCGUGAGAGAUCGUCGUUGAUUCAGCUACCGACGAUACACGGAAACAACUGGAUCGUGCGCAAUCGGAUGUCUCGAGAGGUGUUGACCGGACGUGGCUGGUGGGUCGCGCGUCAACUCGAACACCUGAUUCUCGGUUACCGGUUCGAGAUGCGGCGCACGUCCGGACACGUGUUUCUGACAAGUUUGCUGAUACUACUUCGAGCACGUCGGGCAGACGCAGCUACCGAGAAUUCGCCCGAAUUCUCGAACAAAGGCUCCACUACGACUCACGCUCUUACAGCGCCGCUCAGAUUGGUGUGGGGCAGCGAGGGCAAAGACGUCGAAUUACCAUGCGACAUCACCCCACCGACACCGACCGACUCCGUGAACAUGGUGCUUUGGUUCAAAGACACCGCUGGGAUACCUCUUUACAGCCUGGACGCAAGAGGCAAAGAUCUCGCCUCCGCCGUUCAUUGGGCGGUCAGCGAUGAUCUCGGCAAGAGGACCUACUUUCAGAUCGGUGAUGGCCAUCGAGCUAAGCUCAAAGUUACCAAGGUCACAUUCAAGGACCAAGGAAUCUUCAGAUGUAGGGUAGAUUUUAUCAAUUCCCCGACGAGAAACUUUCGGGUGAAUCUCACGCUCGUUGAAGAACCAUCCAGACCUGUGAUAUACGAUGCUCAGGGGCGAGAGGUGACAAGAGUGGCUGGACCCUUCUUGGAAGGUUACAAUCUCGACUUGACCUGUCAGGUGUCUGGGGGAAGACCAAAGCCUACGGUAGUAUGGUGGAAGGACGGUAAGAUACUGGACUCCGUUGUUGACACAAUUUCUAUUGGUUCCCCGAGCAAAUUCACGGUGAACCGUCUUUUCAUCAACGAGGUGACGAGAUCGUUGUGGGGCACGAAGCUCGAAUGCAGGGCUCAGUCGGAGCAGAUGACCUCUCCGAUCGUUCGCGAAGUACCUCUAGAUGUUUACCUGAAGCCUGCGAUCGUAAAGAUCGUCCUGAUCGACAGUCAAAUCUACGCCGGGCGUCCGCUCGCGGCACGCUGUGAAACCUGGGGAAGUUCUCCCGCUGCCAGGAUCAUCUGGAGGCUAGGCGGGCAGACGAUAGGCGAUCCCAACGUGUCGACUACGCAGAGAAGCAAUUCGACGAUCAGCAAGCUGGCUCUGGUCCUUGGCAAAGACGACAAUGGCAAGAGAUUAACCUGCAGAGCCGAAAAUCCCAGAUUUCCCGGCGGAGUGCUCGAAGAAACUGAGAUCUUGGACGUUGCCUACGUACCGGUUGUUUCCAUCGAUCUAGCCACCGGUUACGUCCUGGAUACUCUCAGAGAAGGGGACGAUCUGAAGCUGGUGUGCGACGUGGAGAGUAACCCACCUCCGACCCGAAUCAUUUGGUACCACAAGGACGAUCGAUUGGAGCACGACGUGACCGGUGGAACGCUGAUAGCCUCCAACACGUUAACGCUGAGGGUACUCACUCUGGCUCAUGCAGGCGAGUAUUCGUGCGAAGCGGUGAAUUCCGUGGGAGAAGGUCGGAGCCCUCCGAUUUUCCUUCAGAUGAAAUACGCGCCGAGAUGCAGGGCAGGUUACGAGCGACGCGAGGUCACGGCUGGUCGCCAUGAAACGGUGUCGCUACGCUGCGAAGUCGACGCUGUUCCGAAAGACGCGGUGCGAUUCUCUUGGACGUACAACGGAACGCGCGGUGACGUGUUGCCGAUGCCAAACUCCAGAGCUCGGAAUAACGGGCUCGUUAGCGUUCUCGAGUACACUCCUACCACCGACACCGACUUUGGAACUCUGGCUUGCUGGGCGAGCAACAGCGUCGGCAGACAAAGGACCCCUUGUAUAUUCAACAUCGUGCCCGGAAAGCCACCGCAGCCACCGUUCGACUGUUCUCUGCACAAUGAAACCACCUCGCUGCAAGUGAAUUGCGUGCCCGGCGCCGAUGGUGGUUCCCCGCAAUACUUUUUGCUGGAAGUUCGAGGGAUACCGAGAAACUUCGGUGUCGUUCAGAUGAAUCCGCCGACGCUCCACGCGCCUCAAAGCGACCAGGGAAUGGUGGGAGACGUACCGGCGAUAUAUCAAGAGAGAAAUCCAAGGCCAAGCUUUCAGCUGCACGGUCUUGAACCCGGUUUCGAUUACACGUUAUACGUGUACGCUGUGAACGACAGAGGAAGGAGCGAGCCAGCGCUGUUGGAGCAUAUACGAGUGGCUGAAGUUAUCGGCGGGAAGAUCGAAAGAAACGGCCUGUUUCUGGAGGAUCUGAAAAAGGCACUUCCCGAGGCUAGCUCGGAAAAUAUGAUCAUCGUGAUCGCCUUGACAGGUGCGGUGGCUUUGAUCCUGAUCGGUAUCGGGGUGAUCAUCGGGUUGGCUAUCUGCAGAAGAAGGACCGCGUCGACGCUCAAAGACGGUCCGGACGAUUUUACCACCCCCACCUACGUCUCCGCCCAAAGGAUCGAGCCAAGGAUCAGAUACUCGGGCGACAGCAGACGUUCUCAAAGAACGAGCUUGUACAUCGAGGAAAAUCGAAACGAACCGGAUCUUCUACAGAGAGUCGAGAUCGAUCUACACGGUUAAUCUUCCAAAGGCUGCUUUUUAUUUUGUACAGUUAGAGGUAAAACCAAGAUGUCCAUCCUUGUUUACUAUACUUGUACGCUUUUCGCGGCGUGCUGUGUAUAUAUCGGUCGGGCACAAGUGCCUCUUUCCUUAGGAUUUAGGAUAGUAAUUCGUUAAGGCAUAAGAGAAGAAGAGAACAACACGAUGCAUCGUGAGUUUCCUCCGGUGAUUUAACACUGUUUCCAGAAUUCCUGUACCUGUUUUUUUUACAAUCGUAUUCGAGCAACUAUCUUUUAAAACGUCGGCUAGAUGACAAACUUUAGAACGUUAUUUAUUGCAUUUCUUGCUGUAAUUUACGUGCCAUAUUUUUUUCUUUCUUUUUCCCUUUUUCUUUUUAUUUUCUUCCGUCUAAAUGAACAAAAAAUAAAAGUAUUAUAGGUAAUUGCGCGACGGUACUCAUCGACUCGUGUCUUUAUGAUAAUCGAUGCUUCAGCGGAAGCUUGUCGUUUCUCGUAGAUGAGCGGAAAAACUUCGCGUUUACGGCGAAACGAUUUCAGCGUAUCUUAUCUUGAGAUUUCGAAGAAACCUCAAAGAUUAUAUCUCAAGAUUUCGAAGAAAUCGAAAACGCUUAUCUAAUUAUGUAAAUAGCGUACGAAAAUGCUGGAUUGUAUUAUUAGCGAUUAAACGGCCAAAUAAAUUUUUACGUAAUAUCA